GUUAGUUGGUUUAGUUGAUGUUCUUUAAUACUUUUUUCUUUUUUUUCUUUACGGUCUUGCUUGAUUUACUUAGGAGAAGAAUUAUUCGAAUCUAAUCGAUUCCCUGGUAGAAACUAUAAAGUUAAAAGGAGGAUUGUGUUUUGCUAGGAUUUAUUGAAUAAAAGCCACAUGGUUUAGAGCUUUACAACUGCAGAUACCUUCCUCCAUUAUGGUGUAUUCCUCUGCUUGAGUAGCUUGUUGAGCCUAAGAAAAAAAAAAAAAAAAAACCCUUCAACUCUUCUUUGUCCUUUCCUUGCUGCAUUGGUACUGGAAUGCAAGAGAGUUGAGAAGGGUUUUUGAGGUUUCUGACUCUGGGAUCUGGUUUUCAGUAUUGAAACCUCAAAAUGGGUUGUCAUGGUUUUCUUGUCUUUGAGAUCUAACCCUUUUGGGUUUUGAAGAUUUGUUGGGUUUUUAGAGGUUAUAGGGUUCUGCUUCUUGGUUUGGGAGUCUGUUUCGUCCUCUUGAGUUUCCAAUCCAUCAGAGGGAGGAAAUGGCUCCAAGAUUGGAUUUUUCUGCUUGGUGGGCUAAGGAAACAAGAAAAGGAACUCCAGUGGUUGUGACCAUGGAGAACCCAAACUACUCUGUUGUGGAGAUUGAUGGUCCUGAUGUCCCAUUUCAGCCAGUGGACAAGGACAGAGGGAAAAAUGCAAAGCAGUUCACUUGGGUUUUGCUCCUCAGGGCUCAUAGAGCAGUUGGAUGUCUCACCUGGCUAGCAAACCUGCUUUGGGCUUUGCUUGGUGCCAUUAAAAAAAGACUCUUCUUAGGUCAGGGAGUAGCCAUGGAGAGUGGCGACAAGAUUAUUAGGGGCAGAAUGCUGUUCAGAUUCAUCAGAGGCUUCUUAUUGGUUUCUUUAGCAGUUCUGACUUUCGAGGUAAUCGCACACUUCAAGGGCUGGCAUUAUUUCCAGAACUCCAAUUUGCAUAUCCCCAAGACUGAUGAGAUCCAGGGAUGGUUCCACAUGGUCUAUGUUGCCUGGUUGGAAUUCAGAGCAGACUACAUUGCUCCUCCAAUUCAAUCUCUCUCCAAUUUCUGUGUUGCUCUCUUCAUAAUCCAGUCUUUGGACCGAUUAAUAUUGAGUGUUGGAAUGUUCUGGAUCAAGUAUAAGAAAAUUAAGCCCAGAAUUGAAGAGGAUACUUUCAAGUCUGAGGAUGUCGAGAGUUCUGGGUAUGAAUACCCUAUGGUUCUUGUUCAGAUUCCCAUGUGUAAUGAGAGAGAGGUAUAUGAUCAAUCUAUCUCCGCCAUCUGCCAGCUUGAUUGGCCAAAAGAUCGUUUAUUGAUUCAAGUUCUUGAUGAUUCUGAUGAUGAGAGUAUCAUGUCCUUAAUCAGAGGGGAAGUCUCGAAAUGGAGUCAACGUGGUGUAAACAUUAUUUAUCGCCAUCGUUUGGUUAGAACUGGUUACAAAGCUGGGAAUCUCAAUUCUGCAAUGGGUUGUGAUUAUGUGAAGGAUUACGAGUUCGUUGCAAUCUUUGAUGCAGAUUUUCAACCAAACCCAGAUUUCCUUAAGCUCACUGUUCCACAUUUUAAGGGCAAUCCUGAAUUGGGAUUGGUUCAAGCUCGUUGGUCCUUUGUGAACAAAGAUGAGAACCUAUUGACUCGCCUCCAAAACAUUAAUCUUUGUUUCCACUUUGAAGUAGAGCAGCAGGUUAAUGGGGUUUUCCUAAAUUUCUUUGGUUUUAAUGGGACUGCUGGGGUAUGGAGAAUCAAAGCCCUAGAGGAUUCUGGGGGCUGGCUAGAAAGGACAACUGUAGAGGAUAUGGAUAUAGCUGUUCGUGCUCAUCUCCAUGGUUGGAAGUUUAUCUUUCUUAAUGAUGUCAAGGUUCUCUGUGAAGUUCCAGAGUCUUAUGAAGCUUACAGGAAACAACAACACAGGUGGCACUCUGGUCCAAUGCAACUUUUCCGAUUGUGUCUUCCAGCUAUUCUAACUUCCAAGAUAUCAUUCUGGAAGAAAUCAAACUUAGUACUACUAUUCUUUCUCUUGAGGAAGCUGAUCCUCCCAUUCUAUUCAUUCACAUUGUUCUGCAUUAUUCUUCCUCUAACAAUGUUUGUUCCAGAAGCUGAGCUUCCCCUUUGGGUCAUCUGUUAUAUUCCUGUCUUCAUGUCAUUCCUUAACAUCCUUCCAGCCCCAAAAUCUUUCCCAUUUAUCGUACCCUAUCUCUUGUUUGAGAACACCAUGUCAGUUACCAAAUUCAAUGCCAUGGUAUCAGGAUUAUUCCAGUUAGGGAGUUCAUAUGAGUGGGUUGUCACCAAGAAGGCGGGUAGGUCCUCGGAAUCGGAUCUCCUGGCUAUUGCGGAAAGUGAAUCAAAGACCAUAAACCAACAACCACAGAUCCACAGAGGAGUAUCUGAGAGUGAGCUCUCUGAAUUGAACAAAUUGAAGGAACAGCAAGCAUCACCUCCCCCACCUCCAGCUAAGAAGGUCAACAAAAUCUACAAGAAAGAGCUAGCUCUUGCUUUCCUCUUACUCACAGCAUCAGUCAGGAGCCUGUUAUCAGCCCAAGGAAUUCAUUUCUACUUCUUACUCUUCCAAGGUGUGACAUUCCUCCUUGUGGGUCUUGAUCUAAUUGGGGAGCAAAUGAGUUAAUAUUGCUGCAAGGAUAAAAAAAAAAAAAAAAGAGUCAACAACAAAUUAAGCAGGAGAAAAAAGAAGGAUCAAAAACAGCAAUACCCAUAUAUGUUUAUGGCUGUCUGAUGUGAAUUGUGGCAGCAUUUCCUUAAUAUCAGUUUCAAGCUCAAGAGGAAGUUCUGUUCUUUGUCCUUGCAUGCAAUUGGGUAAUUCUAAGGAGGAUUCUCCAACCCAAAUAAUAAGUUUUUUCCCCCCUUUUCUUAUCCUGUUUUGAAGUGCCCAGAUAAAAAUUCUUACUCUCUUUCUCCAUUUAUUACUUUUCCUUUUUUUUCUCCCUCACUUUACAUUUUUUUUUUUGGGUGGCAAUUGUCACAUAGGACAUUCUUCUUCUUCCACUUCUUUGAUUCUUCAUCUUCAACUCUUGAAGUUGUUGUUACUAUAGGUAGAUGCAAAGUCUUUUUCUAUCUAUUCAUAUGCUUGGGUGUGGUUUUGUAUUUUAAGAUUCAGCCCAUCUUGUAUUUAAUAAGUCCAAAAACUUGUUGAGGAGGGUUACUUAGUUGUUUGGUUCUCAAUUCCAAAAUUUUACUCUCAGAGAUGUAUAACAACAAUAACUAUUUGUAUA